CCUAAUUUUCUGUAUUUAUAUCCAAUAAACAAAAGCCCAUCUUUUCACUCUCAAACAACAAUAAUGGCGACACCAAUGGCUGAAGAUACAAGCUUUGAAGACGAUCAGCUUGCACCAAUGUCCACCGAAGAUAUUCAGAGGGCUUCUCGUCUUCUUGACAAUGAAAUACGCAUCCUCAAGGAAGAAUUGCAAAGGAACAAUCUUGAAUUGGACUCUUUUAAAGAUAAAAUAAGAGAGAAUCAAGAAAAGAUUAAAUUGAACAAACAACUUCCUUAUUUGGUUGGCAAUAUUGUUGAGAUACUGGAGAUGAAUCCCGAGGAUGAAGCAGAGGAAGACGGAGCCAACAUUGACUUGGACUCACAAAGGAAGGGUAAAUGUGUUGUGCUAAAAACAUCUACUCGCCAGACAAUUUUCUUGCCUGUGGUUGGCCUUGUGGACCCAGAUAAGCUGAAGCCUGGUGAUUUGGUUGGUGUGAACAAAGACAGUUACUUGAUAUUGGACACCUUGCCAUCUGAGUAUGAUUCUCGAGUCAAGGCCAUGGAGGUUGAUGAAAAACCAACUGAAGAUUAUAACGACAUUGGAGGCCUUGAGAAACAGAUACAAGAGCUGGUAGAGGCUAUAGUUUUGCCAAUGACCCAUAAAGAGCGGUUCCAAAAUCUAGGUGUCCGUCCACCAAAAGGUGUGCUCUUAUAUGGCCCCCCAGGAACUGGGAAAACUUUAAUGGCCCGUGCAUGUGCUGCACAAACAAAUGCCACUUUUCUGAAGCUAGCAGGACCCCAGCUUGUUCAGAUGUUUAUUGGUGACGGUGCAAAGCUUGUCCGUGAUGCAUUUCAACUGGCAAAAGAGAAAUCUCCUUGCAUUAUUUUCAUUGAUGAGAUUGAUGCUAUUGGUACAAAACGGUUUGACAGUGAAGUUAGUGGCGAUAGGGAGGUGCAGCGAACUAUGUUAGAACUACUUAAUCAGUUGGAUGGUUUCAGCAGUGAUGACCGGAUUAAGGUGAUAGCAGCAACAAAUCGGGCUGAUAUUUUAGAUCCUGCCCUCAUGCGUUCUGGACGGUUGGAUCGUAAGAUUGAGUUUCCUCAUCCUACUGAAGAAGCAAGGGCCCGAAUCAUGCAGAUUCAUUCCCGUAAGAUGAAUGUUCACCCAGAUGUGAACUUUGAAGAGCUGGCUCGAUCUACAGAUGAUUUCAAUGGGGCACAAUUGAAAGCUGUUUGUGUGGAAGCAGGCAUGCUAGCUCUUCGCCGUGAUGCCACAGAGGUAAACCAUGAAGACUUUAAUGAAGGAAUCAUCCAAGUUCAGGCUAAGAAGAAAGCAAGCUUAAAUUACUAUGCUUAAAAAGGUGGCAUCGUAUUGUACUUUACAGUUUCAAGCGAUUGGAUAUUUUUUCUAAUGAUUUUCGUCAUGUUAGAUUUACGUACUUCCACACCUCCAUAUUUCCUAGAACAUAUUUUGUUUUCUUUACUUUCUUCUGAUAUUGAUGAAAAUUUGAACCGUAUCAUUAACAAAUUUACUCGUAUAGUUUGUUUGGAUA